UUCAUGUCAAGUCAACAAACUCCUCCGCACUUCGCUGUGAUGCGUUUCCUUGCGUGACCUUUCCCUUUUGUGCUUCUAAAAAGUUUUGUGGAUUUUUUAUUGCUGCAUCUGAUGGUGGAUUUUUUUUCCAACCAGAAAACUACGACAACAGAUUCGACGAUUGUGAUCUAAUAGUGUUCUACGCAAGAGAGUGAUUAGUGGAUUAGUCAGCUAGAAGAGCGAGAGGAAAUCAGCCGAAGUGGAAAAUGUUUCUUUAGGAAAGGGCGGAGGGCAACCACAAAUCAAUGUACGAAGAGGUGCUAAAAAGUGGUUCGUGAUUCAUGUCAUUCGAGUAGGCAGGAACGCGUCGUAACUUUCUCUUCCGAGUUUGAUCGAUCCAGCAGAAGUGAGGAAACAAUCUCCGCCAACAAUGGAUCGCAAAGUGGAAGAGAUCAAGUACAAGGUGCUGGAUCUGAUCAACAAAAAGAAGGACGUGAAAAUUCCCAAGAUGGGCUUUACGGAUUACUACGUGCAGCACAGUAGCGUUCAGCCCCAGCAGAAGCAUUCCUCGGUGCCGGGUUCGGGUUCUUCCGGGCGGAACUCGGCAGCUUCGUCGUCCAAGUAUGACUACUGUCCGUUCUAUGACGAUGAUGAUGACGGAGGAGGCCAAAAGGAAACCGUCGACGGUGGAAGCAAAGAUUCGCAUAGAAUGUCUGAUCAGGAAAUACUCGAAUCGACCGAGGCGAUUUACUUCGACAGCGGCAGCAAUACUGGACUUCACGAGUUGAAGAAACUCUCCGAAACCGAUGAGCUCCUUAAUUGUCAGUGCAUUGAGAAGGCUAUGGGAACUUUAAAGCAGCAGCACAAGGUGAUAUCGAAGAAGGUACUCCAGCUGAUACUGGAACAACGUCCGGCUUGUAAUGAGGAGUUCCAACGAAUUCAGGAAACAGAAGGCUUGCUAAGGGAAACGAUAGCCAAAUGCCGUACUACGAGGAAUCACCUGGAUGGGUCCAAGAAGCUUCUGACCACUACCAAUUUGGAGAUUUUGGCAGCAUACAAGAAGCGCCAAACGUUGAUCAAUCUCCUCAAAACGUUGAACGCGCUGAAAAGCAUGAGAUCUAUUGAUCAGCGACUGCAGAAGCAUCUUUCGGAGGCCGAUUACAGCGGCGCGAUUUCCAUCCUGUUGGAGAACAAGAAUCUCUCGGAGCGAUUCCAGCAGUAUAAUUGCAUUGAAUCGUUGUCAACGAAGCUUCAGGACACGCUCAUAAUGAGCGAGAUUCAGCUGGAAGCGGUGUUGAACGAAGUCCCUGUCGAUUUCGAUGCGAAAAAGUACAGUAAGCUACAGGAAGCGUACAAACUGUUGGAGAAGCAGCUGAUAGCGAUGGACCAGCUGCACAUGAACUUCAUCUCGUCGAUCCAUACGGCGGCUUUUACUGUUCUGAAGCAGCACAUGGAAGCGAGUCUGGAGGAUAACAAGCAGAAGCUAACGUUCGAGCAGAUGUGCGAGAAUGUCCCCUGCGAAAAGUACAUCCACUGCUUGACGGAUCUGUGCCGGGGUUUCUGGAAGAUCUUGGUUUCGUACUAUCAGGUUCGAUGCUGGCAUCAGAACCAGAAACUUUAUGAAAAGGGUCGUGAAGCGCAGCGGAAGGACUCCGAUCAACAGCAGCAAUCGAACGAAAGCUUCCACGAGGAAUACAUCCAACAGAAGCUGGAGAUGGGCCAGUUUCGGCUGUGGAACGACAUUCAGUCCAAGAUUUGCAUCUUCAUCAACAGCACCAAGCUGAGUUCGCUGAAGUACGAGUAUUUCAUCCAGAUCCUGGCCAUCAUUCAGCGGCUGAAGAAGGUCGGAAUCGAGUUCUGCGACAACCCAUCCGAGAAGCUGAUGGAAAGCAUGCAACGCCAGAGCGUCGAGUUCUUCCGCCGUUACCACAUUGCCUGUCUAGAGGAAAUCGGCCUGUUUUUUGAUCACGAAGUGUGGGUCCCAAUCGGAAGCUUCACCGACGUUAGCCAACUCCAAGAGUACAAGAACUUCAAACACGCUCUGGUCAAGAAUCAGAACGGAACCUUAAGGAACGGGGGCCGGUCCUCGAGCCAAGAAAACAAAUCCAUAGAUCCUCUCGAGCUGGGACAAUCCUCUCAUCCACUGAACGGCACCUCAUCUGUGCACUCGCAGGACGAGAGCUCCCUUUACGGCUCCUGUGGCUACUUCCUCCGAUUCACCGAGAAGAGCUCUCCCUUCGACGGAGGCUUCGAUUGCACUAUGCUCGAAGAGGACAUCCUGGCCGGAAUCGCCGACGAAUCAUCGUACUACUACUCCGAGGACAGCAGCGACAACAACGAAACCUACUUCGACCAGAGCCCCGAAGUCAAGCAGAAACCUCCUCCCCCACAAGCCACAACCAUCACCCCUCCCCAGUCCUCCACCUUAACCGUGACCAACACCUCCCUCACCGUCCUCCGUUGCAUCGGUCGCUAUCUCUACUUCUGCAAGCUGCUUCACUCGAUCGCCCCGCACAUCGUCAUGUCCAUGACCGAACUCCUCGACUUCUAUCUGUACGCAGUGCAUGACAUUUUCUCCCGGGACCUCCCGGUUCCACGAGACAACCUCUACUCCGCCUCCCUCAAACGCAUCCUCGCCCGAAUCCAAUCCGCGACCAUCCCCAAACUCCGCAAGUGGCCCCUCUCGGACGAGAUGAUCAACGACGAUCUGGCCAACGCGGACCUCAUGUACGGCUUGCAGAAGCGGAUCGUCGCUGCCGAAAGCUGUCUCAGCUUGAUCAACCAAUUCCGCCUCAUGGAGGAGUACUUAAGUGGCCUACUCUCGCAGCAGUCCUCGGACGCAACGGAACAGCUGCGACGGUAUCUGGUGGAAACGGCCGAAUGCGUGGCGGAUGUGCGUAAACCCAUCUAUAUGUGCGUCACCGCCCGGGUGGUGGACAUCCAGAACGUGCUCCAUGCCAUGGGAAAGGUCAAGUGGGACAUCAACCACGUCAACGUGCAGCACAGCUCGUACGUGGAUACGAUCAAUCGGGGGGUGCAACACUUUGCCAUGCGACUGGAGGAGCUGUCCGGACAGCAAGCCAACAUUCCUAAAGAAGCGCUUUGGGACUGCUUCGUACACGUACUGACCCAUCUGCUGGUGGAAGGUUUCGCAAACGCGAAAAAGUGCUCCGCCGGUGGGCGAGCCCUGAUGCAGCUGGACUUCACCCACUUCAUCUCGAUCCUGGAGAUCAUCUCCGGCGGCAAAUACCCAGACCACCGGGCGUACGUCGAGCAGUACAUCAAGGCGUACUACCUGCCGAAGGACCUGCUCGAGCAGUGGCUCGUCGAGGGCCACCAUCGGGGCUAUUCGGUGAAACAUUUGACCGGCCUGGUGCAGUGUGCCUGUAGCAGCGAUAAGAAGCUGCGCCAGCGGUUACUUACCCUGGUGGAAAGUGGUGCCAGUGGGGGUGAUAGUAGUCAACGCGAUCAGGAUCAGAACAAAGAAUCUUAAAGUAUUGUUUUAUUUAGUGUAAGUCCUCGAAAUUGUUUCUCUCUCUCAGUAUCUGUGGUUUUCAACUUUCGUUCCAUCCUUUAGGUAUAGGUUUAUUUACCAUAUUUUCGAAGGAAUCUUCCAAAAUCAUAUGAUCUAAUGAAAGACACUAUCAUAUUUAGAGCAAUCUCUGUUUUUAUUAUUAUUAAUUUUAUUUGAAAUAUAUAUUCUCGGAGUUUAUUUUUAACAGAACAAAGCUAUGUACAUUAAAUAGUGAAAAAUAAAGAACCUAUAUAUAACAGAAGAUAAAACCAGAAAA